AGUGCGCACGCGCGGCGUUAUGCAUGCGAGGCAGGGCGGGCACGCGCUGGGGUGGUCUAGGCAGGACGGCGGCUCGGCGGGGUCAUCCGGGCGCAGGCGCAGUGCGGUGUUUGUCUACCCUGGACUGACGGGUGGCCUGGCGGUGAGCGGCGGCGGCAGCGGCGGCGGCGGCGGCGGCGGGGAAGAUGGCGGCGUCCUCCCUGGAGCAAAAGCUGUCCCGCCUGGAAGCCAAGCUGAAGCAGGAGAACCGUGAGGCCCGCAGGAGGAUCGACCUCAACCUGGAUAUCAGCCCACAGCGGCCCAGGCCCAUUAUUGUGAUCACUCUAAGCCCUGCUCCUGCCCCGUCCCAGCGAGCAGCCCUGCAACUCCCACUGGCCAACGAUGGGGGCAGCCGCUCACCAUCCUCAGAGAGCUCCCCACAGCACCCUACACCCCCCUCUCGGCCCCGACAUAUGCUGGGGCUCCCAUCAACCUUGUUCACACCCCGCAGUAUGGAGAGCAUCGAGAUUGACCAGAAGCUGCAGGAGAUCAUGAAGCAGACAGGGUACCUGACUAUCGGGGGCCAGCGUUAUCAGGCAGAAAUCAAUGACUUGGAGAACCUGGGAGAGAUGGGCAGUGGUACCUGUGGUCAGGUGUGGAGGAUGCGGUUCCGGAAGACAGGCCACAUCAUUGCUGUUAAGCAAAUGCGGCGGUCGGGGAACAAGGAAGAGAACAAGCGCAUCCUCAUGGACCUGGACGUGGUGCUCAAGAGCCACGACUGCCCCUACAUUGUUCAGUGCUUCGGCACCUUCAUCACCAACACAGACGUCUUUAUUGCCAUGGAGCUCAUGGGCACAUGUGCAGAGAAGCUGAAGAAACGAAUGCAGGGCCCCAUUCCAGAGCGAAUCCUGGGCAAGAUGACUGUGGCGAUUGUGAAAGCAUUGUACUAUCUGAAGGAGAAGCAUGGCGUCAUCCAUCGUGAUGUCAAGCCCUCCAACAUCCUGCUAGAUGAGCGGGGUCAGAUCAAGCUCUGUGACUUUGGCAUCAGCGGCCGCCUUGUUGACUCCAAAGCCAAAACACGGAGUGCUGGCUGUGCUGCCUAUAUGGCUCCUGAGCGCAUUGACCCUCCAGACCCCACCAAACCUGACUAUGACAUCCGAGCUGAUGUGUGGAGCCUGGGCAUCUCACUGGUGGAGCUGGCAACAGGACAGUUCCCCUAUAAGAACUGCAAGACAGACUUUGAGGUCCUCACCAAAGUCCUACAGGAAGAGCCCCCACUCCUGCCUGGUCACAUGGGCUUCUCAGGGGACUUCCAGUCAUUUGUCAAAGACUGCCUUACUAAAGAUCACAGGAAGAGACCAAAGUAUAAUAAGCUACUUGAACACAGCUUCAUCAAGCACUAUGAGACACUCGAGGUGGAUGUCGCGUCCUGGUUUAAGGACGUCAUGGCAAAGACCGAGUCCCCAAGGACUAGUGGAGUCCUGAGCCAACACCAUCUGCCCUUCUUCAGGUAGCCUCAUGGCAGCGGCCAGCCCCACAGGGGCCCAGGGGCAUGGUCACAGGCCCCCCCCUUUCCCACCUGGCCAACCCAGCUGCCCAUCAGGGGACCUGGGACCUGGACGACUGCCAAGGACUGAGGACAGAAAGUAGGGGGUACCCAUCCACCUCUGACUCCCUGCCCACCAGCUGUGGACAAAGGGCAUGCUGGUUCCCAAUCCUUCCCACUCUGGGGUCAGCCAGCUGUGUGAACCCCACCCCACCCCGACAGACACUGUGAACGGAAGACAGCAGGCCAUGAGCAGACUCGCUAUUUAUUCAAUCAUAACCUCUGGGCUGGGGUGACCCCCAGGGGCAGAGAGAAAGCCCCUUGUCCCCAUCCCCCAAACUCCCAGUGUCUGUCCCCUCCACCUUCUCUCGAACACAUGCUUGCUCUCCAUCUUCCCUUCUGUCCCUUCCCACUCUACCUCUGUCCCUUUCUGGUUUCCCUGUCUCCCUCCCAGCCUCUGCCUCUCUCCUAGCCUAAGCCUGGGCCCAGCCACUCUACACUCAGUGGAAGCCCCAGGUUCACCUAGGCUUCCUUAAGUCUUUGCCCCAGGAUGGCUUUGUGGGCAUUGUGACUGCAGCCAAACCGGUUGCUGUCUCUGUGUCUGUCUGUCUCUCUUUGAUCUCAGGGGGUCCUUUUGGAGUUUAUUGUAUUUUAUUGUACUUGGUGGGUGUGUGUGUUUGGGGGGGUUGUCCUCAUGGGGUGUGUCGGUACCUUCAGAAACUUUUACCAAAGUAAUGUUUAGCUGCUUGUGGUGGGCGCCCCUCUCCUCCACUGCCUCAGGCAUUGGGGGUUGGACUGCUUGCUGCUGCUUGUCAUUUCCGGCCUAGGAGAGGCCAGGCUCCACUGGGGGACCCUCACAUGGGACUGGGAAGUGCUUACAGUUUGGGGUUGAGUAGAAGAGCUCAGGUGGCACAGAGGGAGACCGGGGGCCUUCAGGGAAAGUGUAUGAGGGGUGCAGUAGAGAGGAGCAGGGAGCAGGGAGCAGGGAGGGAAGUGGCGGGAAUCAGUGACAGGAGUGAUGCCAAGGGACAGGAGGGGUUCCGAGAAGUCAGGGAUUGAGAGUGAAGGGAGUCGAUGUGGAGGUCCGAGCAUGUGAAUCAGGGACAAGAUGGACAGGCUUGGGUGCAGGGGAGGCCAGGGUAUUGGUAUGUGAAGUGACUUAGUCCCAUUACGCCCCUGAGCGCCCCUUAGCUCACCUAGAGCUGGCCAGCUCCAACCCAUCUUGUGGCCCGGACUGGGUCAGAUGUCUGUCCCUUUAUCCUGCAAUGACUAGGACAGAGUGGGGUAUGUUUCCUUUUUGUUGGUGAUGCAUGCAAUUCAAGUGGACAAGAGAACAAUUUAACAAAACAAAACAAUUUACCACAAAACCCAGCACCAAAGUUGAGAAGUCUUGCUGGAUGAAGCUGAUGCAACCGUAGGCUUAGGUGACACUGUGGCUCUUAACUGUCCUAUUGACUCGUCUUCAUCCCAUUCACACAAUGCCGCAUGUUUAAACUGUACUAGAAGUCAUCUUUUCUGCCCGGGGCAGGGCGCCCUCUCUCUUUAUCUCCUGUGUUUGGGAGGUGGGAUGAAGUAGGGAUAGAGUAGCAAGCCUGGCCCCACCCUUACCGUUCUGGGGCUAGCCACAGCAUGGUAGCCUUUGUGUGUACUUAGGUCACAUGGCUGGCCCCAGGGCCAGCACAGGCCCAAGACUGGGCCUCAUGGUUUUAUUUUUAUUUAACUUUAUUUUCUGUGUGUGUGUCUUGUGUUUGUCUGUCUGUCUUGUCUUUGUCUACUGCCCUCUAGUGUUAAGUGGGAGCCUGGAGGAGUCUCCCACUUCCCCACCUUUUCCCAAGUCCUUUCCUCUGUCACCAGCCAUCCCUCUGGCCCAGGCAGAGUGGGUCUCAGGCAGGUAGGGACCUGGAGUGGCCUGGUCCCACCCUCUGACCUCCUCCUCAGGCCACCAGUGUUGCCCUCUUCCCUUUUUAAAACAAAAUACCCUUGUUUGUAAAAAUCCUUAGACGCUUGAGAAUAAAACCCUUCCCUUUUCUUC